GUGACCGGAUGCCUCCUGCUGUACUGCUCUCUGGCGGGAGUUGUCUGGGAAUCUGAUAAUCAUGGCUUUCCUAAAGGUUUCCUCUCUCCAGAUGUCUAAGAGGUGCCUCCUACAAUGUGGUGCCUUCUGGAAGCCUGGAUCUAAACUCAGCUUUCAUACAUCACCUAAAAUGCCUCCAUGUGACUUCACACCUGAAAAAUGUGAGUCCCAGCCUUAUGACCAUAUCCUGAAGAUUCGGAAACAGAAUUUUUCGCCCCUGGUGUCCACUUAUUUCCAGAAGCCCUUAUUGCUCCACCAAGGAUAUAUGCAAUGGUUAUUUGACCAUGAAGGCCGAAGAUAUUUAGAUCUAUUUUCAGGGAUUGUCACCAUUAGUGUUGGCCAUUGCCACCCGAAGGUAACUACAGCUGCACAAAAACAGCUUGGACGCCUGUGGCAUACAAGUCCUGCCUUCUUGCAUCCUGCAGUACAUGAAUAUGUAGAGAAGCUGACAGCCCUUCUCCCUGAGCCACUUAAGGUUAUUUUCUUUAUGAACAGUGGCUCAGAAGCCAAUGAUAUGGCUAUGUUAAUGGCACGAAGCUACUCUCAAAAUGUUGACAUCAUUUCCCUCAGGGGAGCAUACCAUGGAAGCAGUCCUUACACCUUCGGCUUGACAAAUGUAGGAGCAUUCAAGCCAAGAAUUCCCAGUGGAUCAAGUUGCCAAGCAACAAUGUGUCCAGAUGUUUUCCGUGGCCCGUGGGGAGGAAGCCAAUGUCGAGAUUCUCCGGUGCAAACAAUCAGGAAAUGCGACUGCACUUCAGGUUGCUGCAAGGCCAAUAGCCAAUAUGUUGAAGAGUUCAAAAAUACUCUGCAUACUGUGGUAGCCAGAGAAAUUGCGGGCUUUUUUGCAGAGCCUAUUCAGGGUGUCAAUGGAGUGGUUCAGUACCCCAAGGGAUUUCUGAAGGAAGCCUUCCAGCUGGUGAGAGAGAGGGGAGGUGUGUGCAUUGCCGAUGAAGUGCAGACAGGAUUUGGCAGGCUGGGCACUCAUUUCUGGGGAUUCCAAAGUCAUGGAAUCCUCCCUGAUAUUGUCACCAUGGCCAAGGGAAUGGGAAAUGGCUUCCCCAUGUCAGCAGUUGUAACCACUCCAGAGAUUGCCAACUCCUUUAUUAAAAAAGUGAAUCACUUCAGCACAUUUGCGGGAAACCCCAUGGUUGGAGUAAUUGGAUCUGCUGUACUUGAUGCAAUUAAAGAAGAUGGUCUACAGGAAAACAGCCAAGAAACUGGUUCCUAUAUGUUAUUGAAGUUGGCCAACCUACGGGAUGAAUUUGAGAUAGUUGGAGAUGUCCGUGGAAAAGGCCUCAUGAUAGGAAUAGAAAUGGUACAAGAUCAGGAAAGCCGCCAGCCUCUUCCUCACAAAGAAAUGAAUCUAAUCCAUGAAGACUGCAAAGACAUGGGGAUUAUACUUGGCAGAGGUGGACUUUUUAGUCAGACAUUCCGAAUCGCACCCCCAAUGUGCAUCACUAAACAGGAAGUUGAUUUUGCAGUGGAAGUACUUCAUUCUGCAUUGAGUAGACAUAUGGAAAAAAGGUCUAAAGGGAAGCUUUAAAGAAGAAGAAGAUGAUGAUGAUGAUAGUGGUGGUGAUGGUGAUGAUGAUGAUGAUGAUGAUGAUGACGACGAUGAUGAUGACAACUACUUACAAACCCUCAAGACCUUUCCAUUCAUGUACAAGGAUGAACUUGAGUAGCAUUAGGAUUCUCCAAUCCACAGAUCAUGCACAAAUCUGGGAAGGACAGUUAAUCCAUUAGAGGACAGGCUCAGGAUCCAAAGCACUCUCAACCAGCUCAAACAAUAGGCUAAACUGACAAGGAAACGUCUAACAGGAAUAAAUGGGAACACUUUGCUUUGAACUUUGAUACUUGCAAGGAUUCAUGACUUCAUGGGCAUAAGUAGCAUUCAGUAGCAUUUAGCAUGGUGCCUGACACAUAGCAGGCAUUUAAUAAUUGCUCAUCUACUAAUGACCUAUGAAAGGAUAAGACAGGGGCAGCUAGGUGGCACAGUGGAUAGAGUACCGGCCCUAGAGUUAGGAGGACCUGAGUUCAAAUCCAGCC